UCAAAAAGUUGUUUAUAAUUGUUUAUCUCGGUUGUUGAUAAUUGUUUUCCUGUUUUUCAGAAUUAUGAAUGCUUCUUCAUUGGUUUUUAACGCUUUUACAUCUUGGUAAUGUUCACUGAUUUUCAAAGGCUUACCGGUAACGUUAUUGAUAUGAAACUAGUAUAGUAUUUUUAAUCAAGACUGGAUUAUCUUCAACUGCCUUUGGACGAACAGUCUGAAUAAAUCUACAUGAAAAAUGAAGGUGUUUAUGUCGGAAGAUAAUCUCUGCGCUCAGAACUUAUUGACUCUAGUAUCACACGGAAAUGCCAUAGUUGCUGAGAUAUUAAGGCUAAAGGACCAUAAACCCAGUGCCUACCUAUUAGAUAGUAAGGAUGUUGUCCAAAAGUAUCAGGAUGUCAUCAUGGACUUCAGUUACUUUAAAGUGGCUGAUGCUCAAGAAAAGAAAAUUAACGCCAGUGCUAAAUUACAAGAUUUGGAUGAUGAGCUAAAAGAAAAAUACUUAGAAAUAAUAAACAGAUUCUAUUUGCUUUUUGAAAAUAUUUAUCAAUACAUUGUAGAUCUUAACUCCUUUGUUGAUCAGCUACAUGAUAAUACCUUUAUCCAGCAAAAUAUUGAAACUGUUCUGAAGGACAUUGAAGGCAAACAGUUAUUGUGUGAGAGUUUAUACCUCUAUGGAGCUAUGCUCUUGUUGUGUGAUUUAUACAUUCCUGGUCCCAUGAGGGAAAGACUUCUUGUAGCAUUUUACCGCUACAGUACAAGCCAAUCACAAUCCAACAUAGAUGAUGUAUGCAAACUUCUGAGAGACACUGGAUUUGAUCAGCUUAAUGGGAAAAGACCUACAGAUUAUCCCAUUGAAUACUUUAGCCGUGUCUACAUUCGUCCUGAAUUUGUUGAGAAAGUUGUGGGUAAACUUCGGUCUGAAGACAUCUACAACCAACUGGCUGUUUAUACAAUUCCAGAGCAUCAGGCAUCAGCUUUGGGCACACAGGCGAGCAUGCUAGUUAUCUGUUUAUUCUUCACUCCCCAAUACCUACACACAGAUACAUCCAAAAUGAGAGAAAUAGUUGAUAAGUUUUUUCCCAGCAAUUGGGUCAUACCAGUUUAUAUGGGUGUAACUAUGAACAUUAUUGACUACUGGGAAAAUUUUAAAGCUGCUAAGUCUGCUCUGAGCAAUACAUGUAAUGGGAAAAUGAUUAAAGAAGUAUUUGCUAAAAGAGGAGGUUCAGUAUCAAUGCUGACAACUAAAACACACCAACUAUUAAAAGAAGGAACACUCACUGAUGAUUUUGUGUUGGAUAAUAUAAACAAAAUCAUAAACCUAUUGUUGAACUCCAACUUAGUAUUGAGGUGGCUCCUUCUACACAACACUGAUGUAACUUUCUAUGAUAACAAUAAAAAAAGUAAACAGCUCAGAGAGCUUGUUUUGAAGGAAUCAAAUUAUGAUCCUUUGAAAAUUUUGGAGCUUCUUGUAAGUACUGCAGAAUUGGAAUUGAAAGUCAGGGAGAUAUUGAAUAAAUUACUUGAAAAUAGGGAUUCUGCAUGGAAUACCAAUAAGGCUCUUGCUAUUGAAGCAGUGAAUAGUUUAUCAGAACUAUUUUCUGGAGCAAAACCUGUUGCUAAAAUACAAGAAAAUGAACAACUGAAACUUUGGUUUGAUAAUAUUGCUAAACAAAUUGCAUCUCUAGGUGAACCAACUUCAUCAAAAUCUAUCAAGAAAGUUACUCAAUUGUUACAAGCAUUAGACGAAGUCGAAGAAUUUCAUGGUAUAAAGAGUACUUCCACAAUUGUUCAGUAUCUGGCUGACAGUAAAGAUGCAUUAAAAAAUCUUCUGAGGACUGUAUCCUUAAAAGAAGAUUCCUUAGUUAAUUUGGAAACAAUUGCAGAUGUAAGCUAUGCUUGGUGCACAAUUGAUUUAUACACAAAACAUAUGCAAGAUAGCAUUAAAGAGAACCCAGCUGUCACCAGUAGGCUUAGGGCUCUGUUCCUAAAGUUAGCCAGUGCCAUGGAAAUACCACUACUCAGGAUAAAUCAAGCUCAUAGUGAUGAUUUGGUGUCCGUGUCACAAUACUACAGUAAUGAACUGAUUAAAUAUAUCCAAAAGGUAUUGCAAAUUAUACCAGAAAUGGUUUUCAAUAUCGUAGAGAAAAUAAUUGAUUUGCAAACUUGGGCAAUUAAAGAAGUGCCAACUAGAUUAGAAAAGGAAAGAUUGAGGGAUUAUGCACAACUAGAAGACAGAAUGGAAGUUGCGAGGCUGACCCACUCUGCAUCCACAUUCACCACAGGAAUUUUGGACAUGAGGUCAACAUUAGUCGGCGUAAUAAGAGUAGACCCUGCAGAGCUGUUGGAAGAUGGUCUGUUAAAAGAACUAGACAGACAUAUCAGUAAAAAGUUUGUUGAGUUUUUAGAACCUCAAGGGAAAAAAUAUCAACCAACAGCAAGUAAUUUGAUGGGCCGACUGCAAAAACUUGCUGAAAGUAUGGACGGUUACAGGCGAUCUCUAGAAUACAUACAGGAUUAUAUCAAUAUCCAUGGCUUACGAAUUUGGCAGAAACAGAUAACUGCGAUCAUUAAUGAAAGUGUAGCCAAGGAGAUAAGUUUCCGAAAGGGAGUUACAUUGUACAGCCCCUCGGCUGGCUUUAUGGGCAGUUUAGCUCGACAAAUACCGCAAUUGUUGGACGCUCGGAUUUGCACGUACGUUAACGUAUGCGCAGCCUGGUACGACGUAAAAACACAAAAUGAAAUAGUAAACAACAAAACCUUCGGAAAACUUAAUGAUGCCAUCGGAGUAGUAGGUCUUCAUGGAUUAGAUACCUUGUAUGGUUUCAUGGUAAAAAAUCAGAUGCAAAAUGUUCAAGACAUAUUCAGAUCCAGUCAAGACAAAAUUCUCUUGGGAAACAUAAGUGCUGAUAUGAAGGACAUUGACCAGAUUAUUACCAAAGGAUAUAAAACAUUCCAACAGUUAUCAGAUUUACUCGUUUUGAUUGGAACCUUACAAAUUAUAAGAAGGCACAUUGCUUAUCAGUUGAAUACAACUUGUAAAUUUGACUCUGCACAGUUGGAGGCUUCACUAAGGACUAUGAAUGAGUCUAUCAUUAACGAAUUAAAGAUAUCGGCUCAUUCUGACUCACAGCCAAAAGUAUCGUCACUACUUAUGCAAAAUCUGGAAGAGUAUUUAGUAAGAUGUGGUAUUUACGAACCAUAUGACAAAAUUUACGUGAAACAUGCACAGGAAUUACUGAACGCAGAUAUGGGUCGAAUUCUCGUUGUACUCUUGAUAUCACAAUUACCUAGAUUGCAACUGUGCCAUACAACAGGUGAUCUCAUAACGAGAAAAACAGGCGAUAAUAUAGAUGGGUACCCAUUAUUAGUGGGGAUCUACUCUCUUUUGCGGCAAAGUAAAACUGAUAAUGUUGACAUCUUUGUUGAUACUCUAUGCACGUAUGUAAGAAUAAAACAUGCAGAAUCACAUGACGCUGCUGCUAUUAUCAGGAUUCUACAAUUAUUUUCUGAAACAUUUAAUUAUCCAUUUAGUAAAUUGGAGGACAAGCUGCCUUUAAUAUUGCUUACACAUACACUCCAGAAAUAAAAUGAAUAUUUAAAGAAUUAUAAAUAUAUUGUAAUGUUAUAUUAUAUCUGAUUAUGUUUAAGAUUAAAGUAAUAUACAAUCAA